UAGAUGGUGAAUUUAUGUUUGAGAAAAUUUAUGAUGAUGUAUAUUUAGUUGUAAAAUAUGACACUCAUAUUUUUUCUAAAUAUGGAAAUUCGGUAAAUGGCUCAUGGCUAUAUCGACAGUUUGUUUACUUUGUGUUUUAUUUAACAGAAAAAAUGAAUAGUUAUUCUGAAGAAUACAGGCAAAUAAUGGGAACUUUAAACGAAGAAAAAAAAAAGUUAAUGGAAGAUUCAGAACAAUUAUUUAAAUUAGGUCAACAUAAGGGUUCUUCAAUGUUAUGGACUCCGAAGAAAAAUAUUAUAAACGUUACUGACUAUAACAAGAAAUAUUACGAAGACAUUAACAAAGAUAAGCACUGGUUAAUACAAUUUAUUUUUGCUAUUUGGAAUGUAAUGCAAUCAUCUACACAUUUGUUGUGUUACUUCUUUAUAUUUUACAACGCAGUUCAUAACUUGUACGAUUCAAUUUCAAUGGUGCCUGUUAUAAUGGUAGUUUUUUGGGGACAAUUAUCGGUACCCAGACCAACGAAAACAUUUUGGAUUGUUUUAAUUACGUACAUGCAAGUAAAUGAAGCAAACGUAUCAUAAACCAUAAAUUAAAUUCCAUGGAUACAAGAGGAAGUAACUUUGAAAAGUACAAGUUUAACAAAUUUUUAUUAUUAUCCAACCAUACGCCUGGGAAUUGGAGACUAUUCAUCUAAAAGACUAAUAGACCUAAUUGUUUUGUUAGCACUGUUUCUACACAGGUUAAUAUUAGUAUUAUAUCACAAAUAUUCACGAUAAUACUAACAAUGUAAACUUGUAGACGAACAUUAGUAAGAUUAGGUCUUUGGACAUGUAAUAAACACCAGACGCAAUGGGUUGUCGAUACAAAAAUGUUACAAUAUAAGAAUCCAAAAAUAUUAUCGUUAAGGAUGAUAAUGUUUAAGUAAAUAUUUAUCAUAUAAACGAUGAUUAGAAUGUUCUAAUUUUAAUUUCAAAUGUUUAAUGUUGAAUUAACCAUGCGUAUCAAAGUAUAAAAACUCAUUUAAGACCUAUACAUGAAUUUUAUCAAGACCUUCGACAGAAUCACAUCGAAGGAUCUGUGAACGUGUAUCCGACCAUGUUCUUGUUAAUAUUUUUAGGAAUACCCAUCGGAUUUCUAAAUUCAAAUGUAAGUAACUUAUUUGAAAACUGUUGAAAUCAAUAGAAAUUAGAAGUUUAGAGCAGUGGUUCUCAAUCUUUUUAGUACCGCGGCCCAAAUUUACCCUGAAAAAUCUUUCGCGACCCACAUGGUUUGACUUUUCAAAAAGUAGUUAUAAAAAACAAAAUUUGUAUUAUAUAAAUAUGUAUAAAUUUGUAAUAUAUACAUAUUUAGUAUUUUAUAGGUUUAUAACCAAUUUUUUUUUAUAAAUGUACUUUUAAUAAUGAGGUGUAUGCGAAAUAUGUGCUUGUUUUCUGUUAUGGUUAAUAACAGCAUUGACAUCAUAAUUCAAAAAAUUGUUUACGACCCACUAAAAAUUGACUGACGACCCACCAGUGGGCCGCGACCCACACUUUGAGAAACGCUGGUUUAGAGAAUAAUCGUCGAUGAUCUGUACAAUUUUAUUAAUUUGUAGGCUGUCACGGAUUCAGUCGAUAUAAAUCGAGUGACAAAAAUGUUUUUAAUAACAUUCUCAAUUGACGUGAUAUUUAUAGUCAUAGAUCGAUGGUUAUAUGCCAAGCGUUUUGUUCUAGGGAAAUUAAUUUUUCACAUAUUAUUUAUAUUUGCAUUUAUAUUUGAUUUAACGAAAAUCGAAUGGCAACAUAGUGGCUUGAUAGUAAAUCAAUUGUUAGCAUUCAACAUGUAUUUGUAUAUUUUAGUUUCGGCCUAUCAAAUAAGGAACGGUUACAUGUAUCGGCACGCGAGUUCAUUUCUUUGGUCACGAUAUACAUUAUUCAAUUUGAUGGCUUACAAAUUAUAUUAUUAUUGUCCAUUUGUACACGAAAUCCGUACAGUGUUGGAUUGGAUAUGGACGGAUUCGUCAUUGACAAUUAUGGAAUGGUUCAAAAUGGAUGAACUCUUUACUCAUGUGUGUUGUGUUAAGAGCAUAAAUAAUUUUCGUGAAUUAUUAGAUAGUAAACGAGGUAUGCAUGUAUCCUGGAUAUUUAAGCUAUGUGUUGGUGGCGGAAUUAUACUGGCGAUAUUGAUAAUAAUAAUAUUUCCAAUAAUAUGGUUUUCGAUGUUUGAAAGUAAACCAGACACACCGUCGUCAAUGGAAUUGACUGUAACAUUUGGAGAAGAUUCAACUGUUUUUUCCAGCAAGUCAGAUGACAUACAUAGAUUAGAUAUUCCAGAUCUAAUAUUAAUAAAACAGAUAUACUUAAACUCAUCGAAAGAAGAUAGAGAUAGUAUUUCGGAUUUUCUAAAUCAAUACGAAUAUGAUGAAAUAAGCUCAAUGAACGUAAUGCCACAGUCUAUAAAUACACGGCCCAUUACCACUUAUGAGUUCAACAAAUUUAAAAAGAUUAUUCUUACAAGUUUCAGUAUUAAAAUUUCAGCAGAAUGGGCAUUGACACACCAUGAUGGUGUUAAGGUGAGCCGUGGAAAAAACACAGUCAUGAUGACUGAUUACACUCAUUCAGUAUUGGCCGAUUGUCUCAAUAAUAUGUUAAAUAAAAGUUCUAAUGAUGUACCUGGUUCUUGUAAACAAGUGGUCAUACCCAAUCUAUUGCCAAAAUUUUUAGCAUUGUUUCUAAAAUCUACUGAAACGGCAGUGAGUUCGGAAUUGAUGAUUCAUAACCCAACUAAACCAUACAUGGACGUCGGUUUAACAUUUCACUACGACGACUUAUCUAAAUUUAAUUACUGGUGGGACAUGGUGGAAAUAUGUCCGAUCGAAAACGAAAACACCAGUUAUUUGAGAAAGUUGCCUUAUUCAUCGUGCGCUGAUAAUGAUAUAAAUUUGGGCACAACUAACAGCACUCGUAUGAAUACCAUGUAUAAUAUAUAUGUGUUUAGCGAUAGAUAUUCAAGCACAAUGCAAUUUUUAGACGACAGAGGAAUAAUCGGCUUAUACACUAUAAUUAUAGUUUAUUUUGGAUAUAAGUUUGCAUUUGAUAUAUUUCGCUCUUUCAAAUUCAAAUUGGGAUACACCGAAACACCUUAUCCAGACCGUAUAUUACAACUUUGUUAUGAAAUUUAUAUGGUUAGAUUCUUCGGAGAAUACGAAAUGGAAGAAGAUUUAUACGCAAUGUUAAUAUUUUUGUUUCGAUCGCCAGAAACGUUAAUUCGUUUUACAAGACGACCUCAAAUAAGAGAACCUGAAACAAGUGAACCUGAAACAAGUGAACCUGAAACCUCAGAAUAAGAAAUGCGAUGAACAUAUGUGUCUGACAAAAUAUGAAUAAUUAAACGAAAUGUAUUUUCUUUG